ACAGACCUGGCCCAGCCCCCUGGGAAACCAGGAUGGGGACCUUGGCCGGGGCCCUGCCCUCCCUGCUGCUGGGAAUGCUGCUCGCGUGCACCCCUGGGGCCCUGGGUGCCAACCCUGGCCUGGUCGCCAGGAUCACUGACAAGGGCUUGGAGUACGUGGCCCGAGAGGAGCUGGUGACUCUGCAGAGUAAACUGCACGAAGUCACACUGCCCGACUUCAGCGGGGAUGUCAGGAUCAAACGCUUUGGCAGUGUGGACUAUGAAUUCCACAGCCUGGACAUCCACAGCUGUGAGCUGCUCGGCUCUUCUCUGAAGCCCCUCCCCAGCCACGGCCUGCAUUUCUCCAUCUCCGACUCCUCCAUCAGGGUCAAGGGCAAGUGGAAGGUGCGCAAGCGGAUACUGAAACUAGACGGCUCCUUUGAUGUGAAGGUCAAGGGCAUCACCAUUUCAGUCAAUCUUCUCUUGGGCAGCGAGCCCUCUGGGAGACCCAAGGUCUCUGUCUCCAGCUGCAGCAGCCACAUCCGAGACGUAGAGGUGCACAUGUCAGGAGAUUUGGGGUGGCUGCUGAAUCUCUUCCACAAUCAGAUAGAGUCCAGGUUCCGAAGAGCACUGGAGAGCAAGAUCUGCGAAAUCAUCCAGGACUCGGUAACCUCUGACCUACAGCCUUAUCUCCAAACUCUGCCAGUCACAACAGAGAUUGACAAUUUCGCUGGCAUUGAUUACAGUUUAAUGGAGGCCCCUCGGGCAACAGCAGAAAUGCUGGACGUGAUGCUUAAGGGUGAAAUUUUUAGCCGUGAUCAUCGCUCCCCAGUUGCUUUCCUGGCCCCUGUCAUGAACCUUCCUGAGGAACACAGCCGAAUGGUCUACUUUGCCAUCUCUAAUUAUGCCUUCAACACUGCCAGCCUAGUUUAUCACAAAGUGGGAUACCUGAACUUUUCCUUCACAGAUGACAUGGUUCCACCUACUUCUAACAUCCGACUGACCACCAAGUCCUUCCGCGCCUUCAUCCCCAGGCUAGCCAGACUGUACCCCGACACGAACUUGGAGCUCCAAGGAACCAUAGUCUCUGCCCCGUUCCUGAACUUCAGCCCUGGGAAUCUGUCCUCAGCUGCCCAGAUGGAGAUUGAGGCCUUUGUGCUCCUGCCCAACUCCGUCAAGGAGCCUGUCUUCCGGCUUGGUGUGGCUACUAAUGUGUCUGCCACAUUGACCUUCAACACCAGCAAGAUCACUGGAUUCCUGAAGCCAGGAAAGAUUCAAGUGGAACUGAAAGAAUCUAAAGUUGGAGUCUUCAAUGUGAAGCUGUUGGAGGUGCUGCUCAAUUACUACCUUCUCAACACCCUCUACCCCAAGGUCAAUGAGAAGAUGGCAGAAGGCUUCCCCCUCCCUCUGCUAAAGCAUAUUCAGCUCUACGACCCUGUUCUCCAGAUCUACAAGGACUUCCUGUUCUUGGGCACCAACAUCCGGUACCUGAGAGUUUGAGGACAGGGUGAAAGACAGAGCUUGGAGGCCACAGCUGGAUUGCCAAAGUGCAUUUCCAGAUGUGCAGCAUAUUCCUGGAGAUUCUAGGAGGAUGAAGACCAUUUCUGUUAUCAGCACUGGGGGCCUGACUUCUGCCCCCACACUCUUCCUUUUCAGCCCAUGCGCCCAUGCCCUCUCUGACUCUGGACUCCAUUUUCCCACCAGGACAGACCGUCCUCCCCACCUGGCCUGUACUAUCUUUAAGAACAGUUACCAUCUUUUAGAGUCACCAUUUGAUCCCUGUGCCUAGCAGAGUGCUGGCACUUAGUAGGUCCUCAAUAAAUAUUUAUUGAAUGGCU